UUCAUUUUCUUUUUUUUAUGUUUCUUAAGAAAUAAUCUUGAUAACUGGAUCGUAUGAUUGUUGGUAUCUCUUAGUGAUGCAUGUUAUUGCCUGGCGGUAUUUACUAAAAUACGCUUUUUCGUUGCAUGAAACAUAUCCUGGCAAUUCAAUCGCAUCAUGGGAAUUGUUUCACAUUUUAUUCUAUCGACCAAACAUGCAAUCCUGCUCCUUGGGCGUUUGUUUACAUAUGGUGUGAACUCCAGUUUUUUUACGUUGAGAAAUGUCAACAGCAGUGCGCCUGUGUGUAGGAAUCGCAUGAAAGAAACGUCAGAGUGAGCAACAAACUUUCCGCAGGGAUCAGAAAAAUUGAUUGUCUCUUCCGCAAUUUUCAGUUGAUUUAGUUGUAGAAUCAGAUUAAACGGUGCUCAGGGAUGGCGAAGAAAAAGUCAAUAGUUUGGCUUGGGUUCGACGAUGAACCGAUCUUGGAGAAGGAUAAGGCGCUUCUGUCCUAUGCAACGAACAAAAUCGGAGGCCAUGCGGAUUGGCCAGCUGGUGUGGUGGAUGUAGCACCGUGUGUUUUCUGUGGCCAACAGAGGCCACUGAUCGUUCAAAUCUACGCCCCGUUGGAUGAUUCUCAGUUUCACCGCACGCUGUACGUGUUUGCGUGCUUAAACGCACCAUGUUCGACACAAUCGCAAUCUUGGUCCUGCAUCAGGAUACAAUCGCUCGAGAAAAGCUCCCCGGGUGCGGACAGUUCUGAACUGGGUGCCAUGAGGCUACCGGCAAAGGAGAGCACGAUAUCGUGGUGCAGCGGUGCGGACGAUUGGGAUGACGAUGAGGACGACGCUCGCACGAACAAGGACAUCAGCACAUCAACCUUUAUGCGGGUCGACACCAGCAGUAGCACGGGUAACGCAGACCAGUUGCUGAACGAGGAAAACGGUAACGUCAUCCAGUACGAGAAGGUUUCGGACGAAGACGACGAAACUAACUCUAUGGAAGCCGACCCGGUUCCGGGGUUCGAAAACCUGUACGUCGACGAACGGAAUGCAAACGCGUGCGUUGAUGGGCGAUCGGUAGGGGCGACUGGCGGAGAGAUGAUUGACAACAGGCACACAGCGAAGGCUUCAGCGGAAAUCGAAGGACCGGAAACGGCGGAAGUUGUCGUGGUCGAUUCUCCGAUGACACUGAAGCGUGAUUUGAUCGCUCUACUUAAACAGCCGCAGGUUGUUCCGCGUGGCUUCGAAAAUGUUACACUGCGCGCACUCUAUAUUAGCGUCGAAGAGGAACGAUCGACCGUACCGAUCGUCUCCGACCAUGUGCGUCAGUUAAUGAAUGAUUACCAACGAAAUGAAGAAGACAUCACAAGCCUUGAUAGUCCGACCGAAAGUGUUGCCGCCGGUGGCAUAAUGCACGCGAAACCCACUGGCGAACAGGAGCUGUACGAGAAAGGCAUUCCGAUGCACGGUGACGUAAUGUUUCAUUCGUUUAUGACGAAGCUGCAGGAAAACCCUGGCCAAGUAUUGCGGUACUCACGCAACGCCGUCCCGUUGCUGAUCGCCCCGAUCAAGGAAAUCACCGUUCCGCCUCAUUGUCCGCACUGCAAGUGUGAGAUGAUCUGCGAAGUCCAGCUGUUACCGACACUAAUCGAAAAGCUGCAGUUCGAGGCCAACGGAGAACGCGUUCCGAUCGAUUUUGGCAACGUGCUGGUGUGGACGUGCGUCAAAAGCUGCUGGGACACACCGGACAAACUCCGUCACGAGCUAGUGCUAGUACAGGCCGAAUCCUAGGAAGGAGAUGGCUGAAUCUUUUACUUGCCUUUGAGAACCGUUUUAAGCAAUGUGACUGAGUGGCAUACGAAUACGAUAUACCAAUUACGCAGUGCUGUGAACCGAAAGCACAACGGGAACGUCGUACUGAAAAGAACCUUCGUCAAUUGGGUAGUAGAUCCCUUAUCGAAUGUGAGCGGAGACUGAUCGGUCGGAACGUACACAUCUCAAUUUUAUUCCCCCUAUUCCUGCUGGCACAAAAGGCGGGGUAUUGUGCUAAUUCGACUGUUUUAACACAUUUUAUAAUAGCGACGAAAAUGGGCAUAUGAAAGCUCCUAGCAGUCGCAUCGGUAUAGUAGUGAACGUGUUGCAUGCUAACAACUACUCUUUAUCUCCUAGUGCAGUAGAGUUAAUGUGAUAGUAGAUAAGCUACACUAACCGGCGCAAACAAGCGGACAUUCGAGCCAAAUGCUCCCAAGUUACGCCCGCUGGUACCGUUUAUUAUAUGCUGCAAGGCCGCCAUUCUUUUUGGCUUGAAGCAGGGUUUUGUUUUCGGCGCUGCGUUCGCUAAAAGCCAAACGAUAGAUUAGAACAAAGAUAUAGCCAGUGAUUGCGGAGGCUCGAAUCGUUCAACGUUCCUUAGCUAAAAGUCUACGCAGUCGUUUGCGUUUUUUAAAUUGGCGCGCCAUCACGAGAAAAAGGCAGCAACAGCGGCCGUGUUAACAACUCUUAAACGCUAGAGCUCGGAGCCAAACUUUGAAUUGAUUAGUAUU